UUCUAGUUCCACUGGAGGUCAUUCCGCUAGCUAGACGAAAUGCUUUUAGUUGUUGAUGUUGGGCUUUUUUAACGAAGUUUGCAUCAAUUUGCCUUGAUCUUUGGCAACCACCAGAACCAGAACCAUCAUUGAAGGCGCUGAAUAGCGGACAGUGCGCUGCACGGGCUGCUGCAGGAGCUCCUGUCCUGUCCCGGCAGAGACAUGGUUUCAUAGUCCGCCGCCCGCUCCACUUUGGAUCCAUUUACGCAUGCAGAGGCGGUCGGAUGUUCUUACCGAGUCGGCGCGAGGCAAGGACAAGAGAGAACGGGAGAGAGACCAAGAGACACGCAGAUAGAAAGGGGAGAGACACACACAGAGAAAAGGUUAUUUGCGUGAUCUGAAUUUCAAUCAACUUCUCAGGCGGCGUCCACAACUUCGGAUGAAGUGCACCAAUGCUUGACGCGGAGGCAGAUUGGGCCAUAUUUAAAAGUCGAGCUUAAGGUUAUUUGUGUUGUUGUUGCUGCUGUUGUUGUUGUUGCUGUUGUUUAUGGAUGGUCGACUGGUUGGAUUUUGCAGAGCGUCGCGUUAACCUUAAACUGGAACUUUUGGAGUAGCCUAAGUGGCACGGACACACGGAGUGAUGGCGGGCGAGCUGAAACCGCGACUGUGCCUAAUGACGAAAGGGGACAACGGAUACGGCUUCCACUUGCACGGGGAGAAGGGCAAGAGCGGACAGUACAUCCGGAAAGUGGAGCCCGACUCCCCGGCGGAGGCCUCGGGGUUACGCGCCGGGGACCGGGUGGUGGAGGUCAACGGAGAGAACGUGGAGAGAGAGACGCACCAUCAGGUGGUCCAGCGUAUCAAGGCGGUGUCAGGAGAGACCAGUCUGCUGGUCGUGGAUCGUGAGACGGAUGAGUACCUGCGUAGUCUCCGGCUCCCCUGCUCCGCAACCAUGGCGACGGACCCCGCGGCAACAGGCCACGCCUCUUCCUCGGCCUCCGCCUCGUCGCCGCCCCCCACGCCCAGUAAGCGCCACGCGACCUCCGACCCCCCCAAACCCAGCCGACGCUCCCCCUCACGUGCCCACAAGAAGGCGGCCUCAGCAGCGUCCCUAGUGGCGUCCGGUGGUAGUGGCGAUGGCGGCGAGCUGGCUCCACGCCUGUGCCACCUGGUGCGCGCCGAGACGGGCUACGGCUUCAACCUGCACAGCGAGAGGUCGCGACCCGGACAGUACAUACGCUCCCUAGACCCCGCCUCCCCCGCAGACCGCGCCGGACUCCGACCACAGGACAGACUCAUCGAGGUGAACGGGGUGAAUAUCGAGGGCAUGCGCCAUGCGGAGGUGGUGGCCUUCAUCAAAGGGGGGGGAGGGGAGACGAGGCUGCUGGUGGUGGACCCCGACACAGACACACACUUCAGGAAGAUGGGCAUCACGCCAAGCAGCCAACACCUCAGAGACUCCGAGGGCCAGUCUUUCUCCAACGGCUCCCCCAGCCCGCGCAUCAACGGCAGCAGCUCCGCCUCCCACUCCACACACUCCGACAUCAGCAGCACCGACGCCAGCACACUGAUGUCAGAGGGCUCUGCGGGUGGUGGCAGUGUGUUGGACCCGUUCGCUGAGCUGGGUCUGCGUCUGAGCGUGACGGCUGCGGAGGCGCGGGAGAAGGCGCACGCCAAACGCAACAAGCGCAGAGCGCCCAACAUGGACUGGAGCAGGAAGUACGAGAUGUUCAGCAACUUCUAGAGCUGACCUGCCCUGGACGCGGACACACACACACACACACACACACACACACACACACACACACACACACACACACACACACACACAUACACACACACACACACACACACACACCCCCAACAUGGACUGGAGCAGGAAGUACGAGAUGUUCAGCAACUUCUAGAACUGACCUGCCCUGGACGCGGACACACACACACACACACACACACACACACACACACACACACACACACACACACACACACACACACACAACAUGGACUGGAGCCGCAAAUACGAGAUGUUCAGCAACUUCUAGAGCUGACCUAGACACCUGGACGUGUGCGCACACACACACACACACACACACCCCCAACAUGGACUGGAGCAGGAAGAACAAGAUGUUCAGCAACUUCUAGAGCUGACCUGGACGCGGUCAAGCUCACACACACACACACACACAUGCAUACAUACACAUGACAGACCCAAACACCAUUUUAAGAACUUUGAAAACAAUCCUAUAUUGGGAAAAAAAACAUUGAAACGUUAUCUACAUUAUCUACGUUAUCUAUGUUAAAAAUCUUUUUGGGACUUCUAUUCUCCACACACACACGCAAACACACACAUACACACACACAAAGAGAAACAGGCUCAAACUGAAAUUCAAACCAUCCAAGUGUGACAGGUGGCUGCGAGGAGAGAGCUCUCAGGAUUGGCUACUUCCCUGUCACAUGACCAAGAUGGUGGUGGAUGCUAUGCUCUGGUUGGUCGGUUGCUUCCUCCUCCAUGUCCGUGAUUGAUCGACAGACAUACAGGGUGCAUUCCAAUAUGUGUCCUUGCCUCCUCCACUUGUGCUUGUCUCCUCGUCCCGCCUCCUGGCCCCUCCUCCGUGGAGAAAACGAUAAAGUUUCCCAGCUGUCAGCCUCGCCACAACAACUUUUGAGGGACUGUUUUUCAUUCACCAUCCCAAUUGCAAAUGAGAAAAAGACUUUACAAUUGAGCUUUUGCAAGAUAUUGAAAUAUAAUGCUGUUGUCAGUGAUGUCAUCAUGACGAGAAGCAAGUGGAGGAGGCAAGUGGAGGAGGCAAGGUCACAUAUUGGGAUGCACCCACAGACAGCCGGACAUGAGGGAGGGUCCUCUGUGAGGGGCCGUGGCCAAUCAGCAUCCUCGGACAUCUACCUCCUGCUUCCAGCCUCUCACUUCCUGUUGUACAGACGUCCAAUCAACUCUCUUUGAAUUUUGUGACAGACAGUCAAGUCGACCAAUCAGGGGCGAGCUGUGAGCUGUGCAAGGGACAUUCAGCCACUAUAAUGGGAGACCCCACUAGGCCUAUCACGUGAGCUGUGAGGGUCAUGUGACAUGAUAUAUGUAAAUAUGACUGGUGGAGAGAGGAGGUGUGAUGAGUCACCUCUGCCACAAGAGGGGGCCAGUGUUACAGACAAUCAAGCAGUCGCGCAUGCUGCAAUGACUGGAUUACACACACACACACACACACACACACACACACACACACACACACACACACACACACACACACACACACACACACACACACACACACACACACACACACACACACACACACACACACACACACACUCACGCACUCCAUAUUGACUGGAACACACACACACAGUAUUAGCUCAUAAACACAGGUAAGCACAAUCAAUAUGUCAAUGAGUGCAAGCUUCUUGUCCAGAAAGAUGACCGCGAAAAGUGUGUGUGUGUGUGUGACUGUGUGCGGGUGCGGGUGUCUGUGGGUGUGUAUAUGUGUGUGUGUGUGUGUGUCUGUGUG